UUGAUGCAAAUGACUAUGAAACGUCCUCCAGCCAAUAUUUGCAUUUACCCAAAUUGCCUUACAGGCAACACUGUGAGGGGUAUAUAUGCUGGAUGUGGAUGAUCCACAAGACAACAUCAAAAAGCCAAAGGCAAGGAUUUGUUUGAUAUGAUGAGUAACUGACACAGUAACUGGAGUGAAUAAUCCACAUUUUUAUUUUCAAAACGCCUCGAACAACAGCAACGCCAUGGAAACAGAUUAUUCCAAGAGAGUCUACCAGGGUGUCAGAGUCAAACAUACCGUUAAAGAUCUCCUUGCAGAAAAACGAUCAAGGCAAACAACCGUUCCCCGAUUUAAUGCAGGAACCAAUCCCUCACAAUCAGCAUUUGUUCAGAUGCCAGGCUCACAUGUUCUUCCAGGUUAUUACAGCAUGAGGAGGCCAUUCCUCCAAGACUCUGAGCUUUGCCAUCCAAUGAAGCAGUACUCCACAGACACAUACUCCUCCACCCUUGGGGGAAAGCCCUUUUCAUACGAUCACCCCUCCAGCUACCCCUUCAUUGACAGCUACUACCCAUCUGAAUCUUUUGGGGAUUACCGCAGCACUUCAACAUACGGCACAAGUGGAGGGUCUCUUUUCCCACCUUCGUCUUUACCACCUCUGCUGCCACCACUGUCUGGAGAGCCUUCCUCAUCACAUCUUCUUUUGAGAGACACAUGGGAUCAGCCGACUGAAGACACAGUGAGUCAGCCAGAUGCCUUAUGUCCUGUGGGGACCACACCAGGAACCGGCUCUCCUUCCUUGGCUACUCAAGAUUCUGAGAAUGCCUCAGCUUAUCGCAUGCCCACUGUUCGCACUGGUGGAUCUAUGUCAUCUGGUUCCCAGCCAUAUCCUGUGCAACCACUGGAAGAAGUUCACUAUCCUGCCACUUCAUACACUCCUGUGUCCAACUUCUCUUGUCCCCCAUACAUGACUGUCCCUGGAGACCUUGCUGUGGCAAAAAUGCCAACCAUGUCUUCAGAGGAAACUAGUGGUGGAUCAGUGGCCCAAAGUGACACGUCCACCUGGGUCAAGGAUGAUGGAAAUGGUUCCUGGCUGUCUUAUGAGGCUCGAAGGGCUUUUUGAUUGGUCUACUUAUGGAACUAAUUUACCGCAAAUACAGCAACCAAAGGAAAGGAGCCUGUCUGCCCAGGAAGAUAAAAAAAAGUUUUCAUGAAAAGCAUUAACAAAAUGAAGGACUAUCUGUCUUGUUUUUAUGUAUUUCUUAUGUAUAAGUAUUAGUGUAGUUGUGUUGUUCUGUACUCUACUAGCUUAAUAAAACAAGGAAACCAACGGUUUUCCGCAAGGUGUUUUUAUGUAAUCAAUGCUCGAAUAAAUGCAGCAUACAAUUUAUCCUACCCAAGUUAUCGAUAGCUAACUUAACAGAUUGCUAUGAACAUCCUUGGAGAGUUUGUGUGCAGUUUGAGCUAACAAUGCUGUAGUAUGAUUGUCUGCAAAAAAUAAUGGGCGAAGAUAAAUAUCUUCGGUACUUUUACACGCAGAAAACGUCUAUUAAAAGACCAGACCAUUUUCUUUCGUGGGUGGCGGUUACGCGAAAGACGGUAGAAAUGGUUGCUAGGACGCAAAUUGUUGUC